AUGAAUGAUUUACGCGCUCCUUCGUUCAUAGCACGGAGUGGGAUGUCUAUGUUCCCACCAGAACCUAUAUACGUGUCAAUCAAGGCCUUUUUUAUUUUUGCCUAUGAUGCCAUGCCUGCUGUUACUUCACUCGCAAGGAGCUCCUCCUGGUUUGGGUCCGAAGAUGACCCCUCCUCUGGAAAAAACCACUUAUCUAUCCACGAGCCACUCCACGAGGAAGAGGAGGAUGCGCCACCUAAGGGGCCCGCUGGAGCAGGAGCUUGUUGUGAAGCUGGAAGGUCCAUCGGUGGGGUUUGGAAAGGACUGCUGCUUCCGAAUCCGGGAAGUCCUUCUCGAAAGAGUCAUCUAAGGCUUUUCGACUUCAACUUGCCUUUAAGCCGGCCAGGCCAGACUGCUUCUUCGAGUGAGGACUUGCUCGGCCCAACUCGGUCCUCUCACUACCCGAAAUCCUUAUCUUAUCUAAUCUGGAUCAAGGAAUUUACCUUAAGAUCCAGCGCCUGCAGAAGUAAAGUGAUAGGAGAAGCUGCUGGUGGGAAACAUCUAUUCAUCACACCCCUCUCACCUGAGCCUCCUAGAAAGAACCUUGGUCUCCAAUCUGCAGAUGAGUGUCUUCCCUCUUAUCCCUUCCCCAUUGUUUGGGUUUAA